AUGACCGAGUACAAGUAUGGACGACAGGCCAAGGGACGGCUUUUUCGAAAGUGGAUGGAGAGCUCUCGUGAGCCCGGAUGUCCAGUUGCAAUCAGCACUCUCUCCCUGCAUCAUAAAAGAAGAGACCCAGACUACAGGGUCAUUCGCACCCACUCAAAGCUGAAGCACGCCUGGAACCCAUUGCUAGUACCCCUAGGAUUGCUAGUUGAGGGCUCUGACGUAAGUGACGCUGAAUCCCAGUACCGGGACGUCGAAAUCAUGAACCGCCAGGGCGCCCCAGUCAACUGGUGUGGGCGUACUGGACCGGGCGUGAUAUUUAUUGACAAUGUAUACAGAUCCCAUAACAUGUCUCACUGUCCGCACAUGUCUGAAUUUACCAAAGUCGCUUAUGAGAUGGACUUUCCGUUGAGUUCCCUUAGACAUGUAUUUGUGAACGGGAUUAUCAAUGAGGAGACUGUGCCUUGUGUCAGAUACGAGAUCUACCGAGCUAUCAGACCUUAUGAGUACCCUUCCAAGGAGCCCCUGAUUUGGCACCUCGGAACAGCCGAGUUCGAUGCUUUGCUGGGUACGGGAAUUGGUAAGAUGGUCGCAUCUUUCAUCCUGUGUGCCUUUGGUCAAGGAAGAAAGCGUAUUAUCGGAAUUGUUACAUUCCAUACUGAAGAGUUCUGGAACUUGAACAUGCGAUUUGAUAUUGCUUGA